GCACUUGCACUUUGCCGAUUCUUGGAAACGUCGCAGGGUCAUCAACACAUUGAUUUACUCGACAAAUCAGUUCUUGAACUUGGAGCCGGAACCGGCUUACUUUCGGUUGUCGUCACAUUAUUGGGUGCCAAACUAACAGCAACGGAUUUACCCGAGAUACUAAGUAAUCUGAGAUACAACCUCAGCAGGAACACGAGAGGCCGGCAGAGACACGAGCCCCUGGUUGCAGAACUCUACUGGGGUCACAAGCUGGACGAGUUCUUCCCCAGAUCCACACACCAGUAUGAUUAUGUGUUGGCGACUGAUGUGGUCUAUCACCACAACUUCUUGGCCGAGCUGCUGGUCACCAUGCGUCACUUCUGCCAGCCGGGAACUAUUCUAGUCUGGGCGAACAAGGUCCGCUAUGCUUCGGAUCUGGGCUUCAUUGACAACUUCCUUAGAUAUUUUGAAAUCACGCUCCUUGAAGAGUUGGAUGAUGUGAGGAUUUACGUAGCAACCAGCAAGACACGAGAGCAGGGAGGUGACCAGGUUCAAGAGAUGAACGAGGAAGAGGACAAUUACGAUGUUGGGGAGCCAAACUCUACAAACGAGACAGGGAACAAUGCAGAGGAAGUGGAACAUCUGGAAUGUGAUGAUACUCAAAUGCCAGAUGAGGCACAAGUAGACAAAGAACUCCAGGAUUUGGGAAGACCUGCAGAGGAAGAGGAAGAAGGUUAG